UAACCCUCUUCCCCACCCGACCCGAUCCCCUCGUCCCGCUCGUGACCUAGCCACUCGCCACCGCCGCCGCCGAGCUCCGGGAGCAGCGCUCCGGCCGCAUAUCCCGGCGAACCCUCGCCCCUGCCCCCGUCCGUCGGCGGGCGACUUCGCCCCCUCCGCCCGGGGCUUGCCCCCGCGGGAUCCAAGCGGGGGCUAGGGUUCACAGGAGCCGCCGGGGGAGCGAGGAGGAGGAGGAGGCGCGAUGAGCAUCGUCCCCAAGGAGACGAUCGAGGUGAUUGCGCAGAGCAUCGGCAUCCCCUCCCUCCCCGCCGAUGUCUCCGCCGCCCUCGCCCCCGACGUCGAGUACCGCCUCCGGGAGAUCAUGCAGGAGGCCAUCAAGUGUAUGCGGCAUGCAAAGAGGACAGUGCUGACCGCUGAUGAUGUUGACAGUGCUCUCAGCCUGAGGAAUGUUGAGCCUGUAUAUGGAUUUGCGUCUGGUGACCCCUUACGCUUUAAAAGAGCUGUGGGCCAUAAAGAUCUCUUCUAUAUUGAUGACAGGGAGGUAGAUUUCAAAGAGAUUAUCGAAGCUCCUCUACCGAAGGCUCCACUCGAUACAGCAGUUGUUGCUCACUGGCUAGCGAUUGAGGGAGUCCAGCCAGCUAUUCCAGAGAAUCCUCCUAUUGAUGCAAUUUCAGCACCGACUGAAAAUAAAAGGACAGAGCAAGUGAAGGAUGAUGGACUACCAGUUGACAUCAAGCUUCCUGUUAAGCACAUAUUAUCUAGAGAACUCCAGAUGUACUUUGAUAAAAUAGCAGAGCUUACUAUGAGUAGAUCAAGCACCCCAAUUUUUAGAGAAGCAUUAGUGAGCUUGUCUAAAGACUCGGGCCUUCAUCCGUUGGUUCCUUACUUUUCGUACUUCAUUGCCGAUGAGGUUACCAGGAGUUUGGCUGACCUCCCUGUUCUGUUUGCUCUCAUGCGUGUUGUCCAAAGCCUUCUCCGUAAUCCUCACAUUCAUAUUGAACCAUAUUUGCAUCAGUUGAUGCCAUCAAUGAUCACUUGCAUCGUCGCGAAAAGGCUUGGGCACAGGCUUUCAGACAACCAUUGGGAGCUUAGAGACUUCUCUGCCAAUUUGGUUGCUUCAGUAUGUCGGAGGUAUGGUCAUGUGUAUCACAAUCUCCAAAUCCGACUAACAAAGACACUGGUCCAUGCAUUUCUUGAUCCUCAUAAAGCAUUGACGCAACAUUAUGGUGCUGUUCAAGGGAUAUCUGCAUUGGGUCCCAGUGCGAUUAGGCUUCUGCUUUUGCCCAACCUCCAGACGUACAUGCAACUUUUGGAUCCCGAAUUACAACUUGAGAAGCAGUCAAAUGAAAUGAAAAGAAAGGAAGCAUGGCGUGUGUAUGGUGCCCUGCUGUGUGCUGCUGGCAAAUGCUUGUAUGAGCGGCUUAAGUUAUUUCCUAAUUUGCUCUGUCCGUCAACUCGGCCGCUUCUGAGGAGUAAUAGCAGAGUUGCAACCAACAACCCAAAUAAACGGAAGUCUAGUACAGACCUCUCUGCGUCCCAGCCACCUCUGAAGAAGAUGGCGUCAGACGUAUCAAUGAGUCCCAUGGGUUCAGCAGCUCCAGUGGCAGGAAACAUGGCAGGAAGCAUGGACGGGUUCUCCGCCCAGCUACCCAACCCCGGCAUGAUGCAAGCCUCAUCCUCGGGACAAAAGGUAGAAAGCAUGACAGCAGCAGGCGCGAUCCGGAGAGACCAGGGAAGCAACCACGCGCAAAGGGUUUCCGCGGUGCUGAGGCAGGCCUGGAAGGAGGACCAAGACGCCGGGCAUCUCCUGGGGUCGCUGCACGAGGUGUUCGGUGAGGCUAUCUUCUCGUUCAUCCAGCCACCGGAGCUAUCCAUCUUCCUGUAGAAAGGUAAUGUUAUGAUUCAUGAUAGGCUAAGGGAGGAUGUAAUGUAACCUUCAUUGUUGUAUACUUCUAUUGUUAGUGAGCUCUUACAGGGAUUUCUUGCUUGAAACACACCGUCAGUCGACGACGAAGAAAUCUCGAGGUGUAAUGCUAGGUACUGCAAGUAUAAUUUACUAGUGGCUCAGUGUCUAAUUGCAAGUGUAAUAUUAAUUUUUUCUUCUG